AUGUCGGCCAAUGGGAGCUCAGAGACAGGCUGCAGUUCAGAGGUCAGACCAAGUAACCACACAUGCAGCCAGAAGGAGCUUUCUAUAACUGCUUCCGCCAUCUCCAUGACUGUGGGAAUCUUCUCCAACAGCCUUGCGCUCUUCAUCCUCAUCAAAUCCUACAAAAACAUCCGGAUCAAGUCCAAGGCGUCCUUCCUGCUGUUUGCCAGCAGCCUGGUGGUCACAGACCUGCUGGGUCACCUCAUCAUGGGUUCCCUGGUACUUUCCGUCUACAGCUUCCACAAAAAAUGGGAGGCGUUUGAUCCUCACCGCAUCGUGUGCAGUGUCUUCGGGGCGUGCAUGGUGUUCUUCGGUCUGAGCCCCUUGUUCCUGGGGAGUGCCAUGGCGGUGGAGCGCUGCAUUGGAGUCACCAGGCCUAUCUUCCACUCCACAGCGUUAGCUUCCCGCCACAUGAAAAGGCUGCUGGGACUCAUGUGGCUGCUUGCUGCCCUGGUGGCUGUGCUGCCUGUGCUGCUGUGGAGGCCCUACAGGGUUCAGAGCUCCAGGAGCUGGUGCUUCUUCCACAUGGAGGAACCCAAAGACUGGCUGGACGUGCUCCUGCCUCUGCUGUUCUCCAUGCUGGGGCUGCUGGCCCUGCUGCUAUCCAUUGUGUGCAAUGCACUGACAAGCUGCGUUCUGCUGCAGGCCAGGCUGCGCCGCAAGCAUUUCUGCAGAAAAACGUCCUACCACAUAGAGAUGAUCUGCCAGCUGCUGGCCAUCAUGUUGGUGUCCUGCGUGUGCUGGGGCCCCUUACUGAUCCAUGUCAUCAUACUGAGCAUCCGAACAAAAGACGAGCCUGCAUCUCUCAGCCUCCUCGUGGCGGUACGUAUGGCCACAUGGAACCAGAUCCUGGACCCCUGGGUCUACAUCCUGCUGAGGAAAGCUGUUCUGAGGAAAAUCUUCAUGUUGUUCCACAGCUGCUGCGGCCUGAAGUUUGACAGCUUGCACCGCUGGCAGCGCAGCGUGCUCCGCAGCUCGAUGGAGACCAGCAACUCGGGCACUGCCCUCAAUGACUGCCGCUGUAGAUUACCUCUGCCAGACACUGUGGUCAAAUCCGUCACCUGAACCUUCGUCAUGAUGUUUUAAUCUGAGAACACGUGUGAGGAAAACACGAAGAAGCUGUGAAGAUGUGCAGAACUUUGUUUAAAUACAGACGUCAGUACAGAGUUACAGAGUUUACAGAGUUAUUGUACAGAAACUACCAUAAUAAGAUAGUUUUCACUAUGAAGUGGCAGUAUUGUGCUCUCAUGUGAAAUGUGGGAUUUACCUUGUGCUCACAACUUUAAGCUCUGUUUUACGCAUCAUCUGAACAAAAUCUGUCUAAAAUGUUCACAGCAAUGAGAAUGUAUUACAGUGACAGUCACUGCAUUUUUGUACUAUUUGAAAAUUACAUUUUUGUUCUUAAUAUAGCUAAAAAUGUCCAUUUGGCAGCUCCAGUCUGUGCAGGAAACCUUUCUAACUAACUAACUAACUAACUGUCUGUCUAUCUGUCUGUCUGUCUGUCUGCCUGUCUAUCUUUAUGCACAAGCGCUUUUGUAGCAUCUCUCAGAUUAAAUCUUAUUUGGGCUGUACUGUGUAAUAAAGGCGAAAAUGGAAAAAAACAUAUUACAAAACAAAUUGAAUCCACCUUUU